CCAAUCGCCAUCUCCACUUUCCUUGCCCACUACAAGAUUCCUCUUCCCCGGCAUCGUGAUACCUCUCUCUGUUUCUCAUGUAAUCACCAUCGUCAAUCACUCUGCCAUUACUGCAUUGUUAAUCCGAAUCAACACAAAAGCUCGCACCUUUACGCUCACCCACUUUCCAGGUCCUCCUCUUUGUUGGAGGAGUUGGAAAGUGUCUUGGAUUCUGAAUCUGGGUUUCUGGAGAUCUCUCUCCUGGGUUUAGUCUGAUAUUAAUUUUUUCCCCCCUGGUGUUUCUGUGAUCCAAAAGCAGAGGAAGGAGAAGUUAAAAAGCGUGUUUUCUCUUUUUUUUUCGGGGGAAACCAAGAUGUCGAAAGCUGGUGCAUUGGAUCUUGCUUCCGGUCUUGGUGGGAAGAUCGAGAAGAAGGAAGUUCUUUCCGCCGUCGAGCAGUAUGAGAAGUACCACAACUUGUAUGGAGGUGCUAAUGAAGACAGGAAAUCUAACUACACUGACAUGGUUAAUAAAUAUUAUGACCUUGCAACUAGCUUUUACGAGUUUGGCUGGGGAGAAUCUUUCCAUUUUGCCCACAGGUUCAAUGGUGAAUCUCUUCGGGAGAGCAUCAAGCGGCAUGAGCACUUCCUUGGCCUGCAACUUGGCUUGAAACCUGGACAAAAGGUGUUGGAUGUUGGAUGUGGAAUUGGUGGACCACUGAGAGAAAUAGCUAGGUUCAGCUUAGUAUCAGUGACAGGGUUGAACAACAAUGAAUAUCAGAUAUCACGAGGAAAGGAACUAAACCGCAUUGCAGGAGUGGACAAGACAUGUGAUUUUGUUAAGGCUGACUUCAUGAAAAUGCCAAUCCCAGAUAACAGCUACGACGCAGUGUAUGCAAUUGAAGCCACCUGCCAUGCACCUGAUGCGUAUGGAUGCUACAGCGAGAUUUACAGAGUAUUGAAACCUGGCCAGUGUUUUGCUGCUUAUGAAUGGUGCAUGACGGAUGCUUAUAAUUCAGAAAACAAAGAACACAACAAAAUUAAGGCAGAAAUAGAGAUUGGUGAUGGCCUUCCUGACAUUAGGUCAACGACACAGUGCAUCGAGGCGCUGCAAAAGGCUGGUUUUGAGGUUAUAUGGUCAAAGGAUCUUGCAAAAGACUCACCUAUACCGUGGUACUUGCCCUUGGACAAAAGUCACUUCUCGCUGAGCAGCUUCCGCUUGACUGCUGCCGGAAGAUUCUUCACUAAAAAUCUGGUGAAGGCCCUCGAGUAUGUAGGACUUGCUCCAAAAGGAAGUCAAAGGGUUCAAGAUUUUCUUGAGAAGGCUGCUGAGGGAUUGGUCGAUGGUGGAAAGAAAGAGAUAUUCACACCAAUGUUCUUCUUCUUGGCACGUAAGCCGCACUCAGGGGAUCACUAAAAAAUGUGGUCGUUUUAUGUGCUCGGCAGCGAGCUUACUCUGUUGGGCAAUGAACAGAAGCUCGCUCCGAGUUUUGUAUUUCCCGCUCUCUUUGGAACAGUUUCAUUAUACUGCAUGUGUUAUCAGUGUUCAGUCUUACCUUCUCCUCCUUCUUCUAAGAUCUAUCAACCAUGGCGGAUCAAGUCCAACACCAUGAUUAUAUUCUACUAUGAAGCUAACGAUGGAGGUGAUUCUAGAUACACCAAUCGUCUAGCUAUAUAAUACUCACUAUUACCACAGGAAAGUUCUGGUUCCUCCAUAAAGAAGAAUAAGAGGCAUUAAUGAACUUGUUGAAAAGUGGUAAUGAAAAACACAACAUCAUUGUCUAGACACAACAAUACUCCUCCACCACACUCUGCAAUUGCAUUCAUCAAUAUGAGUUAACAUACUUUAGCAGCUUUACCACAAACAAUAGAUAAUUAUGGAGAAGUAUGUAUUUUUUUAUACUAGAGUCAUAAACCAUGUGAUAUGUGAGCAAAGGUAUAACUCAAGACGGCGUUGCAUAUUAUAGUGAUCGACAAAGGUCGUAUUCCAUAGGUUUCGAUACCCUAGGCUACUUUUCACUUUGUUUUUAUCUUGUCGAUCUGUUCAUGUUUGUUUUGGAGGUCAAAUGAUAAAUACUAGCUUAAGAAAGCAGAGAUAACAGCUAGUACUCGGGGAUGGUCACCUCGUCCACCAAUCGGUCCCCCAAAUCAUUCAUCUACCCAAUCAUGCCAAACAAAUCAAUUCCACACCAUCUCAUGGAAACCCUAGGUAGGCAACCAUGAAAAUCACGUGAAAGACAAGUCUAGACAUAAUUAACAUAGACAAAAGCAUAUAACCACAAGAUAAAAAAGUUUCAACCCCACUUUGUCAUAUUUUAUGCUUUCUUGGUGUUUGUGAUGAAAUUCCAGGCCUUAUAUUCAUUAACAAUCAAUCAGGAAUCUAUUUUGAGUUCACCCGUGUACAUUUUCAUUGCAAAGAAUCAAGAAGGAAAGAAAAAACACAAGUCACGGCGACAUACGACCAUGACCAGGGCGUGACCAUGUUCGCGGCCGUGAACAGUGGCAACAAACUUCAGCAAGCAACCAACAAGAGGGAAGAAAGUCUCGACACCUGACUCGUGGCCAAGGGGCUUUUCAACCGCAAAAAAGAUCGCGGCCGCAACAUAGAAAUUGCAGCCGGGAUCUCAUGAUGGAGGUUGAAAUCUUGGUACUUGAAGACAAUGACAAAACGCAAAGUUUCGGGUGAUUCGACGCCUUUUUGGCUUAUCACAACCUGGUCACGGUCUGGUCACACCAUUGAGGUUGUGAUUCUUCACCGGAACUGUAUAAAUAUCCCCCCUUUGCUGCUAUUGAUGAGGGGGAGCCAACCUAAAUUCAGAAAUUAGGGUUCUUGGGUAGGUUUUAGAGCGAGAAACACCUAAAGAGAGCUUGGGAAAUGUGAAAUCCAUCCAAGGAUCAAGGAUGAAGGUGCAAUCCAAAAGAAGAAGAUGAUUCUAAGAAUUUCCUCUCAUCUUAGUUUAUAUUUAUUUUCUCUAUCUAUGACUUAAUCCUAUGGUUGUUUAGGGAAGAUGAACUCUAGAUUAUAGUUUGUGUAUGGGUCAUAUGUAAGUGUGAAAUGGACUAAUUUAUCUAUGUCUAUUGAUGUUUGUGCAUAAGAAUAUCUUUCUUGAUUGAGAUUUGUUUGUUCUUAACCUAGGUGAGAGUUCUAUCCCUUUAGCUCAAGAUUAGCAUAAACAUCAAUUAGUGUGGGAUUGUGUGUAUCGCAUCUGUCUUAGUUGCAACCUAGAUGAUAUGAUAAUUAUCAUUGUCUUGCAUAUGAAUUUAGGGUAUAAUCGAGAGGAUGCUUAAUGCUUCUAAUCAAGGCUUAGAUGUGUG